AUGUUCCCAGUUUCUACGCCUGAAGGCUCCUCGCCCACAGAGGUAGUCACUCAGGCUGAGAUUUUCAACACGUAUGAAUACUUCAGGAUCCACGUCCGCUCCGGCAUAGAAGAAACACACUCAUUCCGAGAGCUGGUCUAUCUGGACGUUUCUGAGGACUGGGCAGGCGAGGUGACCAGAUAUGUGGAUAGUAAUCACAAAUUGAAAGUGGAUUGCAGAAUCAACUAUAACUCAAUGACGAAAACAUUCUGGGUUCGCGUUAAGCCCGAGGCAAUCCACGGUUGCCAGGUGGACUGGAUGCGUCGUCAAUUCACUGCAUGGAGUACCAGUGGAGUCCUAUCGAGCAGUGAGGAUUGGUUUCUCAACCCUGAAAUCGGGACCGGGACGACGAUGAGAGAUUUCCAAGCCCCGUAUACUUCAUCAAUCAAGGAGCCAGACUACAUGCUUCGUUGUCGUGACACUCGUCAGCCUCAGCUCGUGAUCGAGGCAAGCUGGGCAGAGUCCUGGUCCCGACUGCUUGACGAUAAGCAUUUGUGGCUAGCCGGCGGGAAUGGCGAGGUAGGAGCUGUGCUGCUCCUGCAGUGGCUCAAGGUUGGAUCGUUGGGCAAGCGAGUGUGUGGUCUUGUGGAGUUGUACGGCGUGGAUGAACAUGGGAAUAUUGUGAUGAAACAGCGAGAAUCCAUCUUCCCCGUACCGCCAAGCGAGGAGACUGCACCGGUGAUACCCAUAUCUCGACAUAUGCUAUUCGGUACAAGGAGCCCUGGCCAAGCACCUACACUUUCUCUCGACAUCAGUCGUCUUCGAGAGGCUGCUACCAAGGCAUUGGGGCUUAUGGGUCUUCUGCCGGCUUGA